GCAGUGAGAUUUUACAGCUCAGAAGGGUAAUAAGCUUUUUGGUACAACUGACACUCUUCCAAGAAAGCAUCAGAUCCAAUUUCCGCAAUCAUCUCCACACAAAAACAAGAUUAAAGAGAUAGACAGAGAGAGAGAGAGAGAGAGAGAGAGAGAAAGAUAUAGCUCGUGAAGAAGAAGCAGCACUACUGUUUAAAAAAAAAUAUAGAAAAAAGUGAAAUCGCCAUGGCCAUGGAUGAUGAUCGUCUUCGCUUCAGCCGCAGAAUCCAGUUUCUUCUUCUUGCUUGGCUCGAAGAAUAGAAUUUAUCAGACGAUUUGGAUACAAGGAUAUAGUCAAAGCAACAGAAGGCUUUCGUAAGGUUAUCUACAGCAACUACCACGGGUCUGCAUACAGAGCCAAAUUUAAAGGUGGUGAGGUUGCUUUGGUCAAAGAACUCAAUGCUCUUGAUCUUGGACGUGAACGGUUUGAUGAGGAAGUCCAGCUCUUGGGUCGUUUACGUCACCGUCAUCUCCUCACUCUUCGCGGCUUUUGCAUCGGACGAAAGAGGCUGCUAGUGUUUGACAACAUUGAAAAUGGAAGCUUGAAAGACCACCUCAAUGAUCCGCUAAAGACUCCUUUGAACUGGAAAACUCGCAUCCAGAUAGCCAUUGGAGUCGCAGCUGCAUUGGACUACUUGCUAAUCUUCAGCAGUAAUGAUGCACAGAUAUAUGAUGUUUCAGUGAACUCAUGUAACAUCAUGUUGGAUGAAAACUUCACCCCAAAAAUUUCAGAUAUCCGCGUCAACAGGCACCCAAAAAACCAUCCCAAAGCAAUCCAUGAUUCUUGCUCUGAAGGAUCAUGUGCGGAUGAGGAAUGUGGAAACGUGAUAUUCCAACUAGGAGUAUUGAUGUUGGAGCUAAUCACAGGACAGUCAUCAGACAGACAAGGCAACGACUUGAUCGAAUGGGUACAAGACUCAUGCAUUGCAAACUCCAUUGAUAAAAUGAUUGAUCCAGAUUUAGGUUACAACUAUAGCUCUAGAGAACUCCAGAAAGUUCUAGCCGUUGCUCGACUCUGCAUUAAAACGAGGUACGAGCCUCCUUCAUUCUCAAUUACACAUGUAUACCGGUAUCUACAAAAGAAGAUCGAUGUUGCAGCAUAAAUAGUAGUUUCUUGUUUGUGUACUGGAUUGGUUGGAUGGUUAAAAAUGAUAAGACACACGGUCUAUCGUCCUUAUUUUGUCUUUUGCCCAUUUCACACCAUUCUAGAUGUGUAAUAACAACUAACAGAGUAGUAGCAUUGUACUCAUCUUUAUAUAACUUUGGAUCUGUUCGUUUCUUAGCU